AUGGCGACCAUGCAGCGCGCAUCUGAGCUUAAGCAGCAGGGCGCGAUUGAGGCUGCCCAGGACCCCAACUCUACCGUUACCGCUGAUCAGGCCGGGGACAAAGUGCUCCAAGAAGCCCGAAAGGGUGGGAGCGCUGCCUUUAAGUUUGACCCAAAUGCUAGCCCAGAGGAGAAGGCCGCACAGGCGAAAGCGCAAAUCCCAAACAACUUCCACCACGAGCGAAAACCAAAUGCCGUUGCCCUAGCCUCGGAUGCCAACGUAACCGGUCCGAAACACGCCCUCCCUCCACCCUCCAAAGAAGGCGCUAUCGAGGCACCUCUCUCGCCAACCUCAGACGCGCCAAACGGCCAGCUCCCGAAGCUCGACCAAGACGAUGAGUGGGGGCGCGUCGGCUGGGCCCCACGGUUUGGCAUGCCAGGUUCGGAAAACCAGGAGGAAGAGGGGUCGCUCCUGGACCACCAGACUUUUCUCGAGAGCAAGCUCGAGGAUAAAUUCUACGGAGACUGGUACCACAAUACCGGUGUCAUCAUCUUUGCCUGCCUGAGCUCCUGGGUCGUGGCAGUGCUUGGAGGCGGGCUAGGAUGGGUCUUUUGCAUCAUGGCCAUCUGCGGCACCUACUACCGAACCUCGAUCCGUCGCGUACGCCGUAAUGCGCGCGAUGACCUGAACCGUGAAAUGGCCAAGAAUAGGCUAGAGACGGACACGGAGAGUCUGGAGUGGAUGAACAGCUUCUUGGUCAAGUUUUGGCCCAUCUACGCUCCGGUUCUGUGUAAGACCAUUGUGGGCUCGGUAGACCAGGUUUUGUCUACUUCCACGCCCGCUUUUCUCGAGGGUCUGCGGAUGAAAGAAUUCGUACUUGGGACCAAGCCUCCGCGAUUGGAGCACGUCAAGACAUAUCCAAAGGCCCAGGACGACAUUGUGCUCAUGGACUGGAAGUUCAGCUUCAAUCCGAACGACACUGCAGAUCUCACUUCCCGACAGCUCAAACAGAAGAUCAACCCCAAGGUCGUGCUCGAAGUCCGUGUGGGUAAGGGAGUCAUCAGCAAAGGUCUCGAUGUGAUUGUUGAGGACAUGGCCUUCUCCGGUCUCAUGCGCCUCAAAUUCAAGCUCCAGAUUCCUUUUCCACAUAUCGAACGAGUGGAGAUGUCCUUCUUGGAGCGCCCCACCAUCGACUAUGUCUGCAAGCCGCUUGGUGGCGAGACCUUCGGUUUCGACAUCAACUUCAUCCCUGGUCUAGAGAGCUUUAUCAUGGAAAUGAUCCAUGCCAGCCUUGCGCCCAUGAUGUACGCUCCGAACAUCUUCCCCAUAGAAAUUGCGAAAAUGCUUGCGGGCGACCCAAUCGACCAGGCCAUUGGUGUUCUCCAGAUCACUUUCCAUGGCGCUCAGGGUCUCAAGAAUCCUGACAAGUUUUCUGGCACCCCGGAUCCGUACGCAACAGUCUCUAUCAACAACAGAACGGAACUUGCUCGCACUGCGGUGGUAAAGGAGAAUGCGAACCCGCGCUGGAAUCAGACUGUGAACAUCAUCAUCACUUCGCUCAAGGACGCACUGACGAUCAACCUUUUCGACUUCAACGACUUCCGAAAGGAUAAAGAGCUCGGAACCGCAACUUUUGCGCUUGAACAACUAGAAACGGAGGAUGAGCAUGAGAACCUGCAUCUAGAAGUCACGGCUGGUGGUCGAUCCCGCGGUAUCAUCCUAGCAGAUGUCCGCUUCUUCCCUGUGCUUGAAGGAGAGGUCUUGGACGACGGCACAAAGGAGCCUCCGCCAGAAUCACGCACCGGUAUUGCCAAAUUCACGGUCGAACAGGCCAAAGAACUAGAUCACGAGAAGAGCUUGAUCGGACAACUUAGCCCUUAUGCCAUGCUCUUGCUUAAUGGGCGAGAGGUGCACCGGUCGACAGUCAUGAAGCGAACAAAUCAGCCAGUCUUCUCAGACGCAAGCAAAGAGCUUUUAAUUACGGACCGUAAGAAGGCCAAGCUCGGGUUGCUCAUCAAAGAUGACCGCGAUCUUGCGGCUGACCCCAUCGUUGGCUCGUAUCAAAUCACCAUUGACGACAUGUUGGAGCUGAUGGCAAAGGGCCAGGAGUGGUACCAUCUGCACGGUGCGAAGACUGGACGCGCCAAGAUGAAGCUCGAAUGGAAGCCAGUCGCUUUGAAAGGUGCCGUGGCCGGAGGUGGCUACCUUACUCCUAUCGGCGUUAUGCGUUUACACUUCAAGAAUGCACGGGAUCUUCGCAAUGUCGAGACGAUGGGCAAAUCCGAUCCAUAUGUGCGAGUCCUGCUCUCCGGCGUCGAGAAGGGACGGACAGUGACGUUCAAGAAUAAUCUGAAUCCGGACUGGGAUGAGGUCAUCUACGUGCCUAUUCACACGCAGCGCGAGAAGCUCACCGUUGAGGUGAUGGACGAGGAACACCUGGGCAAAGACCGCUCUCUCGGACACAUCGAGCUGACCGCAGGCGAUUUCGUUCACCAAGACGACGACGGACAAUGGCUCGUCCACGAACAAAAGGAGACGCAACAAGGCCAACUGCACCUGGGAGCUCGCACGCAAGCGAAGGGCAUUUUAAAUUACACAUGCUCAUUCUAUCCUACCUAUCCUGUCUAUGAUCCUGAUGAGGAGGACUCAGACAGUGAAGAUGGCUUGUCACGUAAGGAUUCUAUCAGAAAAUCUAUCGAUUCCGCUCCCAGGGGACACAAGAAGAACACCUCGAGUGUAUCCGGAAUCGCACGAUCGGAGACCGCAGGAACUAUUUCGUCACUCCGAUCGUCACACACCGCCGGAAGCGAGCUUGACGUUGCGAAACAAUUGGAAAAGAGCGUUGCGCAGGUGCAGCAGGAAGAAGAUGCGGUUCCUCAGAAGAAGGAGAUUGAGAAACUGCACCUUACUGCUGACGACCUGCAGCAGUAUGAAUCUGGUCUCAUUGUUUUCAAGCUAGUCGAGGGCGAGUUUGCGGAUACCGGAGCUUACGUUGAUAUCAUCAUGGAUGACAUGGCUUUCCCAAGUUACUCUAGUGCCAAGAUCAAGAACAGGCAUAUGACGUUCAACGAGGUCGGCGACACGAUGGUCCGCGAACUCGACUUCUCGAAGAUCACCCUUCGUAUUAUCGAGCAUAUUGACAAGAAGGGCGAAAACGACGAGGACCACGUCAUUGCAAAACUCACAGGCAGUACACUGGAUACUCUUCGACGGUGCUUAUACACCCCUACACAACUUAUUCUGAAGGAUAACCACGGCCGCGAGAAUAAGAUCACGGUCAGCCUGAAAUACUUACCUGUUAAGAUGCGGCUAGACCCCAGCGAAUCGUUCAACAACCAGGGCACUCUCCGAGUGGAAGUAUUGGACGCAGCAGAUCUUCCAGCUGCUGACCGCAACGGCUUCUCAGAUCCGUACUGCAAGUUCAUCCUCAACGACAAAGAAGUCUACAAGACCAAGACGCAGAAGAAGACGCUACAUCCCGCGUGGAACGAGUACUUCGAAGUGCCUGUCCGCAGUCGAACGGCAGCCGACUUCGAAGUGAAGGUCUUCGACUGGGACUUUGGAGACAAAGCGGACUUCCUAGGCAGAGCUGCCAUCAACCUAGAGAUCCUAGAGCCGUUCCAGCAGCAAGAAGUCACUCUCGGCCUAGACGGCAAAUCAGGCGCUGUCCGUCUGAAGAUGUUAUUCAAACCAGACUAUGUUAUGCGCUCACGACAAGGCUCAAGCACUUUCUCCGGCACCUUCGCUGUCCCCGGAAAAGUCAUUGGCGCGCCCGUCAAGGGCGUUGGUAAAGGCGCCGUCCUCGUUGGCGGCGGUGUCGUUCGCGCAGGUACCUUCCUCGGCCGUGGCUUCAAGCGCAGGAAGUCCCGCGGCGCGGCGCCAGAAGACUUCGACGCGUCGACACUCAACGGUAGCACCCUGCCCGACGAACCCGUCCCCGCUAUCUCUAUCGAGAGUGAACGCCCCAGCACUUCCUCCAAUGCCAAAGAGGACAAGCACCACAACCGUCACCGCUCCUGGGGCGCGCAAUCCUUCGCCUCUGCGCACGGUGGCGCCGCCUCAGGAGCUGAACAAGGCACCGCACACAUUUCCAUCCUCUCCGCCUCGGGCUUCCCCGAAGGCACAAACGUUCGUGUAUUCGUGCGCCUCGACGGGCCGAAAGGCAGCAAGGAAGUCCACAAAACCGACCACAUCAAAGCGCCCUCGGGCUCCGUUACUUUCGAAGACGAAUCGUUCAAGGUCCCGUGUUCGGCGGAUAGCUUCUUCAAGCUCGUUGUCAAGGACCACGCUACCUUUGGUCGCGAUGAAGAACUUGGAGAAACACCCUUCACUGUGGACGACCAAGGGAGUGGGGGCGAGAAGAGCGUUAGUGUAGGACAGGGAACUGUGGUUGUGAGGAGUAGUUUCACCCCCGCUGACGCGGCGAGUGGAAGCGGUCCGAACAGUCCGAAGUUGACCAAGGGGAGGGGGCUGUUGAGUCGCGGGAGGGAGAGCAGAAGUGUAACGCCUGCUUAG